CUGUCUCUUUCAAACUCUCAUUCUCAUCCAACACUGCAGAUCAUCUCCAACCCCUCGUCCUGCUCCUGUGACAGAGAGAGAGAGACGCCAACAUGAUCCUGCUCCUCCUUCUGUUCACCCUCGGUGCUGUGUCUCCUUCAGAUGGAACUGAGGCCCAGAUGCAGCGUGGAAACUGUCCCUCGUUCUGGUCCAGCUUCAACAACCGCUGCUACAAGUACGUGGCCACACCGAUGACCUGGGCUAAUGCAGAGCUCUAUUGUUUGUCACAGGGAGCCAACCUGGUGUCUAUCCACAGUCUGGAUGAACAGAAUUUCGUCAAAGUCCUGAUCAAGAGCUUUGACAUUGUUGCAGGAAGAACCUGGAUCGGACUCAACGAUCUCCAUAAAGAAGGCAAGUGGAUGUGGUCUGAUGGUUCUGCAUUGGACUUUACCUUUUGGUCCCCAGGACAGCCAGACAAUCGAGGAAACGAAGACUGUGUUCAAACCAACUAUAACGCUGCUAAGAAAUGGAAUGAUAAAGACUGUAGUGGUCCUAUUCCCUCUGUUUGUGCAUCUCACAUAAUCUAUCCUCAGUGAUCGUUAAGUCUGAUCUAACCUGGUCACUGAUCACCUGAUGCUUGUUGACAUGAAAUUGUUCUCAGCAAUAAAGAUAAAAUGCAAACUC